AUGGCCGAGUACGGCGUCCACAGCAAGAUUCGCAUCUCGGACUGCGAGCCUGGAGACAAGCACAUCGGAGGCCCCCCCAUUGUGCACGAGAAGGCCGGGGAGGUUGCCCACCAGCACCCCGAGGACAACCAUCAGGGCACACCUCCACUCGCGAUGGUUCGUGCGAUCCUCAGCUUGGCGGCCAGCAAGCACGACAGCGACGGCUUCUGCUGGGAGCUGCACAAGGCCUUGUACGGGACCCGCUUGGCCAGCCAGCUGUGGGGCGAGAACGCGAAGGCUACCUCAGACGACGCUGGGGGCAAGGCGCUGAAUGGCGCCCCUGGCAUGUUCUACUUCCCCAACUUCGGCGGCGACGGCAGAGACGCCACGAUGGGGGUCCACGUCGACGGCUUCACUGCGGAGGGCCACGUCGCGACGCUCGACCAGCUGGACGACGUCCUGAGCGUGGAGUACGAGGUUACCUCAUCGCCGCCGCUGGGACCUGGACACCCUGGAGUUGCCCGAUACCUGAAGCGCGUCUGCGGCUACUUCGGAUCCCAGGAGGGCGCCAAGGUAGUCGACACACCCGGCACCAAGGCGAUAGGAGCACCGCUGCGCAACGCGACGGACCCGAUGCCCACGGCUGAUGCCCGUAAGACAGCAUCGGCAGGAGGGCUUGCACUCUACCUGGCGGCGGAUCGCCCUGACAUCAUGUUCGCGAGCAAGACCAUCAUGCAGGACGUGAGCAAGCCGAACUACCAGAUGAACGCGAGGCUCAUGAGGUUGGCCCGCUACCUCGACGGGCACCAGGUCGUGGUCUGGUGCUACGAGUUGCAGGACAUGCCGAAGGUGCUGAGGGCCGAUGGAGACGCAGAUUGGGCAGCACCUACAGCGGUGGCGCGCAAGAGCACCUCGGGAGGCGUAAUCAGGUUCGGCAAUCACACCUGGGACUGCUACUCGGCCAGCCAGGCCACCCAGGCGCUGAGCAGCGGCGAGUCGGAGCUUUACGCCCUCGGCUCGACCGCGGCCCGAGGUCUGCAGAUGAAGUUCUUCCUGAGCGAGGUCGGGAUCGAGAUCAAGCUGGUGGUGGCCUCGGACAGCGCGGCUGCUCGCGGCAUGGCCCAGCGGCACGGAGAACGGCUUCGACUACAGAUGUUCGAGCUCGCGAAGGAAGACACCCGAGAGAUGGUGGCGGAUAUACUGACGAAGUACGUGGACAAGGAUAGCAUGGCCAAGCACCUGCACGAGCUGAACCUGAGGAUGGCGGGCACGGCCAUGGUCCUCUCGACGCUCCUGGCGACUCCGAGCGCGGCGGCGACGUCGGAGCAGUGCAGGAUGGUCGAUGAGGGCGAGAAGCUUGGAGCGGGGCAGUCGGGAGGAUUUCCCUGGCUGCUGGUGAGCUUGAUCUUCGUGCUGUGCCUCAUUGCCUACCUCAACGGCUGGUACGUGGGCAGGCGCAAAGCGACCUCCCAGACGGCCGAACGGGGCCCAAGAGCGGCACCGAGAGGAGAGAAGACACAGCACGAGGACCCCAUCGAGUCCAGGCAGCGGCCGCCCCAGGCAUCGACCCCGAGGCCGACCGCCAAGAGGCUCGAGGAAGACAGAAAGCCCAGGCAGGAGUCGCCAGAGGAGCGGACCGCUUGGAGGAGCUCGGAUUACAUCAACGAGCAGGAGUACACGACGCGCGAGGUUCACCGCCUGUACGAGACCUACACCGUUGGCGAGCUGCGGGACCUGCUAGUCGAGCGGAGCAUGCGGCUCAAGGAGGGCUGCACCAGGAAGGAGGAGCUCGUCGAGACGGCCAGCGCGACCAGCCCGAUGGAGAUGCAGUUGGUGACCCAGAUGACCAACAAGCUGAAGGACCACGGGAUCGACGUGAAGUGGCAAGCUCGCAUGCUGGCGAGCGGGCGCAGGAUCAAGAAGAUGCUGGCCACCACCACGGAGGUGCUGAACUGCCUGCAGGAGCGCUACGGCUGA